AUGCAGCGGCACUCAGAGGAACUAGAAAAUAAGCACAACGAGGGUGUUGAGAAGUCGAGUGCGAAGGAACGGCAACUCUCCGUUGAGGGAAGCGACAGUUCGGUAGUUGACGUCUCAGAGGAGUUGUUGAAUGCAGAAGUGUUUCCUAUCUCCAAAGUUUUGCCACAGGAUUUCCAUGUCCCAGAGCUUACACCAUUGGAAAAUAGAGAGGGAACGCUGCUGUUUACCGACGAUCGUGAUUACUGGCCGUCGCCAGUUGCUGUACGACAUCUUCGCGAUAGCAGCGACAACAGCGUACGAGUGCGACCAAGUCGAUUUUCCAUCGAUAAUUCAUGUUUCGACUUAGGUGACAAUUCUACAGAGGCUUCGUUGGCUGGAACACCUAUCGAAAAGGUUCGCGAGAAUAAGACCCUUAUAACUAAGUUUAUUAUGUGA